UGCGCUGGGACAUUUUCCCCCCUCUCUGUCUUUUAAACUCGGAAGAUUAAGAGCGGGUCUCCGUUUGAAUGGGAGCUCGUUUCACUUUUAACGCACGCGCUGGACCCUCGGACACUUAAACAAUGAUGGAAGGCGUUUCUGAGAUUGCUGCGAUGUGCGUCGGCCUGAUCGGCCUGAUCGGCGCCUCUGCGACGACGGUGUUGCCCAUGUGGAAGGUCACUGUUUCCCCCGGAGGGAACAAAACGGACAUGGAGAUGCGCUGGGAGGGCCUGUGGAUGAGCUGCCACAGAGAGCCAAACAUUAGGAUGCAGUGUGUGGUGUACGACUCCAUGUUUUAUCUCUCCCCUGAGCUGCAUGCUGGCAGAGGCCUGAUGUGCUGCUCUGUAGCCUUGUCAGGGCUGGGGCUGUUGGUGGCUCUGGCGGGAAUGAAAUGCACUUCCUGCUUUCAGGGUAUCAAAUGGGCCAAAACUGUAAUCCUAAUGGUCGCUGGAGGAAUACAGUACAUGGCCUGCAUCUGUGUCUUUUUACCAGUGUCGUGGACCGGUCACGUCAUCGUACGGGACUUGAACGACCCGCCGCUUGAUACCCACAGAAGAAAGCUGGGAGAAGCCCUCUACCUCGGUUGGGUGACUGCGACUUUCCUUUUCGCCUCCGCCUUGCUGUUCACCUGCCGCUGUUUGCCCUCAGACAACAAGCCGUCCGGGAAGAGUUAUAGCCACGUCUCAAGCCUCAGCUCAACCAGAAACUCUCACCGCAGCAAAACGACGGACGCGAACCUUCCGCUCCAAAACGUCGCUGAGGAAAUGAAGGCCGGGGAAGCCUGCAUGGACCAGUCUGCAGGCUCUAGCGAGCCUGGAAGCAUUCAUAUUCCAGAGAGCUCAAUGUAUGUAACCCAAGACACUGCUCCAUAUAAUGGGUUGUGUGAUCCAAUGGCAUAUAACUGCUAUUAUUAAAUAUGGGUGAUACCUUUCUUUCAUAAGACACGGUAUGACUUUUGGCAUGAAAAUUGUUCUCCUAAUUUGAGUCAUGAUGAUUUAAUGAGUGUGGUGAUUUCCCUAGUUGCCUACUUUUUCUCAUUGUUGGACAUUAAAUUAGACUACUCAAUGCCAGAAUGAAGAGACAGAUUAUAUUUUAAUCUCUCUCUCUCUCUCUCUCUCUCGCUCCAAAAUUAGAAAAUUAUUUGCAUUUCCUUUGUAUUUGGUUGAGUUGCGUUUUAAAAUAUCUGACUUGGAGCAAACAUUUCCAGGAUACUUCCAUAAGCUUCUCCCAACAGUUUCCUGGAAUCCUCCUGACAGAAGGAGUGUGACUGAAUCCGGUUUCUAGACCGCAUUGCUGACACACACAUUUCGAGCUCUGCAAAGUUUUUUUUUUUUUUUUUUUUUUUCAUGGUAGUGAGAUCAAGUCUUUGCAAUUGCCACUCAAAAACUUUACCUUUGUUGUCCUUAAGUUACCUUGUAACUAAUAUGACAAUAUGCCUAGAGCCACUGGCCUAAACUCUAAUUUUCUGGCUAAUGUAUGGAAUUGUUUUUGCUCCAGUAUUUCCACAUAAUAUUGUUUUGUCAGGAUGUGUUGUAUUUUGUGAAGUGCAACAGUCUCUCCUGGAAACCUUGUACCUCGCAGGUGGGAAUAUAUAAUUUGGCUUGCAAUGGCCAUUAUGACCAAACAUUUUCAUUUUAGUUUCUUUAGGCCACAUAUCUCCAAAAAUAUGUAUGUCUUUGUCCCUCCCUGAGUGCAUUUGUAAACUGUGAUCUGGCUUUUGUAUGUUGCUUUGGAGUGAUGGCCCCAGUCCACAUCAAGACAGAAAUCCUUUCGCAUGAAUCUCUCUCUGAUGACUUGUUCAAGGUGCAGCCUGCCUGUUGACCACCGGAGACAGUCGCCACCCCGAAACCCUGACAAGAAACCUUCAUGAGGGAUAGAAAAUGGAUGGAUGUUCGUUAAAAGAAAAUUCUGGGUCAAAAAUGCUUGACAGUUGAUUUUUGUUCUUAAUGCUGCGUAAAAAUGCAGAUUAACAGGGCAAAUUUGGUUUCUUAUGUUAUUUUUCUUGUUUUCCUGAAUAGGGUCAGUAUAUAAAUUGGUCCAAGAACCUUGUUGGAAACUGCCAAUUAUGAUUUUGAUUAGAACUGCCCUGCUCUCAGAGAUACAGAUUUUGUAAAAAAAAACAAAAAAAAAAACAA